CCUCAGUCCGGGAGCAGACCUGGACCUGAACCGUCGUGCGUAAAAGCGCGCCGAUGGCACAGCUAGACGCGCUCCGAUCAGCUCCUGAACACGCUCCAGUCUGAGUGCGCUGUCCUGGGGGGGAGGAGAGGUGGAAGCCUGCUCUCAUCUCAGGAUGGGACACCACAGCCGUCACCCGCCGCGAGCAUGAGCCACAGAAGCAGCCCGGCGCGCGCCUACGACUUUCUGCUCAAGUUCCUGCUGGUGGGCGACAGCGACGUGGGGAAGGGCGAGAUCCUGGCCAGCCUGCAGGACGGAGCCACCGAGUCCCCGUACGGCUACAACAUGGGAAUCGACUACAAGACGACCACCAUCCUCCUGGACGGGAGAAGAGUGAAGCUGCAGCUCUGGUACGAACACGCCAAACCACGACUCUGCCUGACCUGGAGGAAUUUCAGUCACGGCGAGCAGGGGGUCAUCCUGGUGUAUGACAUCACCAACCGCUGGUCGUUUGACGGCAUCGACAGGUGGAUCAAAGAGAUCGACGAGCAUGCCCCAGGAGUUCCUAAGAUCCUCGUUGGCAACCGUCUGCACCUGGCCUACAAGCGUCAAGUGACCACGGAGCAGGCGCAGGUGUACGCCGAGAAACUGGGCGUCACCUUCUUCGAGGUCAGCCCGCUGUGCAACUUCAAUAUCACCGAGUCGUUCACGGAGCUCGCCCGAAUCGUGCUGAUGAGACACGGCAUGGAGCGCCUGUGGAGGCCCAGUAAAGUGCUCAGUCUGCAGGACCUCUGCUGUCGCUCCAUCGUUUCCUGCACGCCGGUCCACCUGGUCGACAAGUUGCCCCUCCCACUGGCUCUGAAGUCUCACCUAAAGUCCUUCUCUAUGGCCAACGGCCUCAACGCUCGCAUGAUGCACGGACGCUCCUACUCCGUCACCGCCAGCGCCCACUACGGCGCCACCAAGAGGACUGGGGGGGCGCUGCUGAAAAAGCCCAAACUGAUCCGGGCGCCGCCCCUCAGCCCGUCGGCUCAGAGCUGCAGAAACAGCUGUAAAAUCUCCUAACGACAGUUACGGCACCGCCUGCUCCAACAUUUGAAGAUGGCGUUUGGAAGUGAAGAAUUCCUCACCAGAACCUGAACCGUGCUUCAGACUUCCUGUUUGGUGACGUUGGCUUUGCCACCUGUGAGCUGCAGGCGUCCAGUCAUAGGUGAGGUGACAUCACAUGGUUGGAAAACGACAGUGACAGGAAAAACGCUCGAGCACGUCAGCCCGAAGUCUGAAAGCGUGACGUAAAGCUGCUCGAUGCUCAGAAGACUGAGCGCGUUCAGCAGCCAAUCAGAGCUGCAGACGCUGAUCUAUUCUUCCGGCUUUCUUCUGGUUUUUGUUACUUUUUUUAUUUUUGAAACAGACUUUUUUUAUUUACAGAUUUUAUAAUAAAAACUUCAGUCAGAUUUGUAAAAUUCAGAUUUCCUCCUUGAAUCGUUCAGAUGUGAUUGGAUCUGCAGGUGGGACAGUUUUCCACUCUGGGACUUCAUUCUUGGAAUUCUUCGGAGCCUCUGAUUUCAGACUUCAUGUUUGUUGAUGAACUGAAACCGUGACCUUUGACACUUCCUGCGCUACAUUUCCACCUCAGCGCUGAGGUUGUUUCCUCACCUGUACACAGAAGCACCUUGAAGCUGUGCUUUUGCACAUCAUUCUUCUUCACAAACGUUUUGUGUGCGAUAUUUGUACGUGUUGUAAAUACGCCUGUUUGAUAUGAAGCUGAGGAUGAUGAUGGUGAUGAUGAAGGAGGUGACUGUUAACCGUCAGUGUUUCAAUAAAGUUGUCCACGUCACAGCGUGCA